CACUGGUAGACGUAGACGCGCUGAUCUAGACGUAGCUGUAGCAGCCGAAGUCGUCGUUUCGGACACGGCCAAUCUGUUGGGGGACAGAGUAAAAGAAUUAAAACCACUACACAUCUACCUCCACUUACAGAACGUACGUUGUUUACGUUUAUACGUUUACGUUAGUUUACUCAGCAGAAUCCACAAGUUUGGACACGAAACAAAAUGGACGGACAAAUCGAGAAGUUCCACUCCAUGUUCCACCCAACUCUUCCGCUGGACUCUGCCUACUACUCGAAAUGUUAUCAAACUUUGUUCAGAAACUUGGAGUUAAAAGAACCAUUCGAACCAUGGUUCAGCGAGGUUCUUGGAGUGGCCAUACGGGACAAACUGCUCGGAAGUCCGGUCGUCGUGGCUGAUUUAGCAAAGGACAGAAAACUCAGGCAUCUCGGUGUUGGCAGUGGGUCAGGUGAACUUGAAAUGCAAAUAUUUGUUCCUCUUUUGGACAAAUUUAAGCACAUCCACAACCACGUGAUUGAACCAAGUGAAAAGCUCAUAAGCAUCUACCGUAAUUCACUUCAAACUGAUCAGGCAACAGCCGUAGGUGUUGAGUUUGACUGGCACCAGGAGUCAUUAGAAGAGCACCAAGCCCGACACAGCAAUCAAACUCCUGAGCUGUUUCAUGUCGUCACCGCAGUACAUUCCAUUUAUUAUGGUGGCCGUAUGGAGGACAAAUUACCAUUCCUGUAUAACAGUUUGAUGAAUGGCGGAGUAAUGGCUUUUGUAGUCAAAUCAGAGACCGACAGUCUGAGCAACGUGCAAAGGCAGUUUCUCUCCCCAAACAUACCUGGCUACCGUUACUAUACCAAACAGUGGAUUCAAGCCUUUCUCGAAAGUAACAACAUCCCAUAUGAAACAAUCGAUAUCCCACGGUGUUUCAUUGACGUCACAACAUGCUUCGACGAACACUCAACAGAGGGCGCUGAGCUUUUGGAUUUUAUUUCCCACAUGAGGGACUUUCGAAAAGACGGGGUUAAAAGAGAACAGCGGGAAGAAUUUAUGAAACUUCUUCGUCAGAAUGCACACAUGGUCGGGGAAAAGCUAAUUGUGACCCAUGACACGUCAGCAGUUAUUGUACAGCGCGGUAGUCAAGAGUUUAGCUCCACUGUCAUGUCACAGGCCUAGACUAUGUACCGCCUUUAAUGGACCUGGUCGAUUUCUUACAACAGUUCCUAUGGUAGAUACAUGGAUUGUCAGAUCAUAAAACAACCAUUGAGAUGGACAAUUCCAUUGUCAGUCGCAUUACACUUUUCUGUGUCAUUUUUUGAUCUUGGUGCUAGUAGUACUAUGUGAGAUAUUCUUUCCACUUGGUUUAUACAUGUAGACUGAUUUGUACUUGACAGCCAAGGCUUUGAAGUGAUGAUAUUAUAAUUGUUGUGGGCUUUGUGCUCUGGAUGUUAUAACGUUGUAAAAAGCAGUCAGUCGCUAUACAAAAAGGACAUGGUCAAAAAUACACUAGUCACAAUUCAAAAGUUUCCUGUAACAAAAAACAUGUAACACAUAACUCUUAUAUGGGCCUAUAUGAUUAUCCCACAGGAUACUUAUAAGUGGUCAGCAACUUGAACUUUUAUGUAUACAUGGCAAAACCAUGGUCAGUCGCAUUACGGUCAGUCGCAUUACAGUUUUCCAUUCCAUUUAGCUACGCCUGCAUGGAGCCCAAGCUGAGUUUUUAUUGGGCAAAAUUGGGUUUAAACCUUGUCAACAACUCAAAUAAAUUGAUUUUAUAUGUUAGCUAUAAAUUUUAAGUGGAAAAAAGUUGUGACACAAAUUUCUUUUUUUUUGUGUCAUAUCCAAGUUUGCUUGAAUUUCCCAGAUGCUUUGGAUUCUAAAGAUAUUAAUUUUGUGUAAAGUAGUAGCAGUACUGGAAAAGUCUGUUGACUUGUUUGAACAUGGACGAGGGAUAAAAGUGGGGUUUAUUUCUUUUUGUAACUGGGUAUUAAAGGGGACUCAGUUUGGCACUGUACUAAUGGCAAAUGUUUUGUUGAAUUUGUCAAUUAAAAGUUUAAAUGCAUGUGUAUAAAUAAAUGAUAAUAGUCACAUGUGGUGAAGUAGAAUUA